UGUUCGUACACUUUUAGUAUAGAUUCCCUAAAAUGUUGUAUAAAUGAGGCCCUGCUCCUUAUCCUGCAGGCUGUAAAACCUGAUAACCCUCCCUGUUCUUCCUGCUCUCAGACACACCUUGAAGCUGGUGGAGCAACAUCUGCUGGAGGUGAAAGCUGAUUGGCUGCAGCCUCUCUGCUCUGACACGUGAUUCGUAGAUCAGAGCUCAGAGCUGUUGCUGUUUUCAGGAAAUGAAACUCACACAGUCACUGUGACCGAGAGGAGAAAUGGAGCAGAACCAGCUGGACCGAGAAACCUUCUCCUGUUCGAUCUGUCUGGAUCUACUGAAGGAUCCGGUGGCUAUUCCCUGUGGACACAGCUACUGUAUGAAGUGUAUUAAAAACUUCUGGGAUGAAGAGGAUCAGAAAGGAAUCCACAGCUGCCCUCAGUGCAGGAAAACUUUUCUACCGAGGCCUGAGCUGAGUAAAAACACCAUGUUAGCAGCUUUAGUGGAGCAGCUGAAGAAGACUGGACUCCAAGCUGCUCCUGCUGAUCUCUGCUAUGCUGGACCUGAAGAUGUGGCCUGUGAUUCCUGCUCUGGAAGAAAACUGAAAGCCAUCAAGUCCUGUUUAGUCUGUCUGGCCUCUUUCUGUGAGAAACACCUUCAGCCUCAUUAUGAUGUGGCUCCACUAAAGAAACACAAGCUGGUGGAGCCCUCCAAGAACCUCCAGGAGAACAUCUGCUCUCGUCAUGAUGAGGUGAUGAAGAUGUUCUGUCGUACUGAUCAGAAGUGUAUCUGUUAUCUCUGCUCUGUGGAUGAACAUAAAGGCCACGACACAGUGUCAGCUGCAGCAGAAAGGACUGAGAGGCAGAGAGAGCUGGAGGUGAGACGAGAAAACAUCCAGCAGAGAAUCCAGGACAGAGAGAAAGAUGUGAAGCUGCUUCAACAGGAGCUGGAGGCCAUCAAGCACUCUGCUGAUAAAACAGUGGAGGACAGUGAGAAGAUCUUCACUCAGCUGAUCCGUCUCAUCCAGAAAAGAAGCUCUGAUGUGAAGCAGCAGAUCAGAUCCCAGCAGGAAACUGAAGGGAGUCGAGUCAAAGAGCUUCAGGAGAAGCUGGAGCAGGAGAUCACUGAGCUGAAGAGGAAAGACGCUGAGCUGAAGCAGCUCUCAGACACAGAGGAUCACAACCAAUUUCUCCACAACUACCCCUCACUGUCAGCACUCAGUGAGUCUACACACUCAUCCAGCAUCAAGAUCCGUCCUCUGAGCUACUUUGAGGAUGUGACAGCAGCUGUGUCAGAGCUCAGAGAUCAACUACAGGACAUCCUGAGAGACGCAUGGACAAACAUCUCACUGAGACUCACUGAGGUGGAUGUUUCACUGUCAGAACCAGAACCAAAGAGCAGAGCUGGAUUCUUGAGAUAUUCAUGUGAAAUCACACUGGAUCCAAACACAGCACACAGGAAGCUGUUACUAUCAGAGGGGAACAGGAAGGUGACAGGGAUGUAUCAACCUCAGUCUGAUUCUAGUCAUCCAGACAGAUUCACUGGUUGUUUUCAGGUUCUGAGUAGAGAGAGUCUGACUGGACGUUGUUACUGGGAGGUGGAGAGGAGAGAGAGAGUUGAUGUAGCAGUCACAUACAAGAAUAUCAGCAGAGCAGGAAGAGGGAAUGAAUGUAAAUUUGGACGUAAUGACAAAUCUUGGGCAUUAGAUUGUGACAUAGAUGGAUAUGAAUUUGGUCACAACAACAUCUGGACCUCCAUCUCAGGUCCUGGUUCCUCCAGAAUAGGAGUGUACCUGGAUCACAGAGCAGGUAUUCUGUCCUUCUACAGCGUCUCUGAAACCAUGACUCUCCUCCACAGAGUCCAGACCACCUUCACUCAGCCGCUACAUGCUGGAGUUAAUGUUUGUUAUGAAGGUUCUGCUGAGUUCUGUAAACCCAAAUAGACAGAAUCCACUGAAGGUUCAGUGAGUUUGAUUCUGGUUUUUAAAUCUCCAGCAGAUUAUUUUCUUGAUGGUUGUUGUUUUAUGUCUAAACUGCACAGAAAUCAAUAGUCAGAGAUUGUCAGCACUUGUUUUCCUUCAGAAUUGAUGUUCUGGUUCUGUUGGGUUUGUUCAUUUCUCAGCACUGUUUUCUAAACCAGCUGAUCAGCAACAAAAUAGAAAAAAAUGUAACGUUUUUUUCUUUUUCUUUUGAAAAUGUAAAUAAAUCACACAUAUCUCAGAAUCAUGAUAAUUUGAUUUAAAUUAUCUGAAUUUGAAUUAUUUUCAACUCUCAUCUCUCUCUACUCUCUUGUAAAAGUGUG